AUGCUCUUGCUGUUGGCUGCCUGCACGGUGGUACCUGCCAGGGACUUGCUGCUGAACAUUUGCAUGGAUGCCAAGCACCACAAAACCAAGCCUGGCCCCGAGGGGAUGCUCUAUGACCAGUGUGCUCCCUGGAAGGACAAUGCCUGCUGCACGGCCAACACCAGCUUGGAGGCCCACAGGGACCAAUCCAACCUGUACAACUUCAACUGGAACCACUGCGGGGUGAUGCCCCCCAAGUGCAAGCGCCACUUCAUCCAGGACACGUGUCUCUAUGAGUGCUCCCCCAACCUGGGACCAUGGAUCGACCAGGCUGACAGCAGCUGGCGUCGGGAGAGGAUCCUGCAUGUGCCCCUGUGCCGGGAGGACUGCGAGCAGUGGUGGGAGGACUGCAAGGACUAUGUCACGUGCAAGGAGAAUUGGCACAAGGGCUGGAACUGGGCUACAGGCACGAACCGCUGUCCCUGGGGCUCCAUGUGCAGACCCUUCAGCCAAGUCUUCCCCCAGCCAGAAGACCUGUGUGAGAAAAUCUGGUCCAACUCCUACAGAUACACCACGGAGCAGCGGGGCAGUGGGCGCUGCAUCCAGAUGUGGUUUGACCCUGCCCAGGGGAACCCCAAUGUGGUUGUGGCCAAGUACUAUGCAUGGAAAAAAAAUUCUGCUUGGAUGGAGACCGAGGCUCCCGAGACCAGUGGAGCUGAGUGUGCUCUGUCAUGGCCCAUCCUGGUCCUGCUGCCUCUGGCCAUCAUGGUGCUCCUUGAUGGAGCUGAGGGCUGUGAAUCCCAUGGGUGGGGAUCCCUGUGA